UAGGUCAGACUGGUCAGUUCUUCAGAGACACGUCUGAGUGAGGGAGAGGUUAGGCCGUGUGUGUGUGUGUGUGACUUGUUUGAAACUGGGACCAGAAGAGAGGGGCUGUAAGAACAGGGUGGCGUGUGUUCUCGUCCCUGCUGGUCGGGGUACGAGUAGGGAGCUGGUCUCCCAAGUAGACACUUUUGAAUCUAAUUUUGUCAUCUUUGUCAGAAAAAUCAAUGCAAAUGGAAGAGGGAUACCGCUACUCCGAGCACGCUGCUGUUGCUGAUGUGAUGGAGGUGAAAGGCUACAUUAAGGAAUUUACCCGUCACUCCAACGAUGUGUUGCUAAACUUAAAUGAACUGCGGCAUCGGGAUAUCCUUACAGAUGCCACGCUGCUUGUGGGCACCGCCAGGCUGCGCGCCCACUGCGCCGUGCUCAUCGCAUGCAGUGGAUUCUUCUACACUCUCUUCUCUCGUCGAGCGGCCGGUGCUGGCUCUGAGCGGGGGUUUUCUCUCACCCUGCCGGUGGGGCUGGACGCAGGCAGUGUGUCCCUGCUGCUGGACUUCAUGUACACCUCCUGCCUCCCUCUCACGCCACAGACAGUAUCUGGCGUGCUCGCUGCUGCCAGCUAUCUGCAGAUGGAGCAUGUCGCUGACACCUGCAGAGCAUUUAUUCACAGUGAAAGGAUCUCUGUCAGUCCUUCUAUGAUGGAGCCAGCCUCUAGAGCGCCCCUUGGUGGAAGGUCACCACCUGCUCAUCCCACCAUCUUCUCCUCCCCCUCCAGGCCUACUGCUGAGGCAGAAGAUCCCACCCCAGACCGAGCCAGGGUUCCAAGGGAGAACUUUGCCUCGCCAGAUCUAGAAACUUGCCUGACUCAGACCCUAAAAUUAGAGGAAUCUUCACCUGCAACCCCAUCCACACCAUCUCCAGACAGUCCUUCUCAUUCCAGCGGGCAGCCCAACUCACCUGCUGAGUCCAGCGGCUGCAGUCUGUCGCCCCAGCUAAAGAAGCGAUCUGAAUCCAAGCCUUCUCCUGACCCAAAGGCCUGUAACUGGAAGAAGUACAAGUAUAUUGUCCUCAACCCUCUCUGUGCCACACCUAUAAAGGAGGAGGGGCCUGGAGAGGAGCGGCAAGCACAAAGCCACACCCCCUUUGUCAGUGAUAAGAUUGAAGCCUCAUCUAAAACAACAAAUAACAUUUGGACAGGGGAGAAACCUGGUCUGAAUAAUAGGAAUACAUGGUCUCUUCCAUAUAACACAUCAGAGCAAAACAUAUACUUUAGUCCCCAUCAUGUUAUGGACAGCACUCUUCCAAUGAGUGAGAAUAAAGGCCUCUGCAGUCCUUAUGUUUGUGCCCAAAUUGCCAAUCAGAGUCAUUUACUGGGCCAACACCCAAUCAAGUUUGAGAAGCUCUCUGCACAGCUCAGUAACCCUGGAAAUCAAGCCACAAACACAAAACCUUCCUGCUCAGGCGACAAGCCUUACUGCUGUAAUGUGUGUGGAGCACAGUUCAACCGGCCCGCAAAUUUAAAGACUCAUUCUCGUAUUCACUCUGGAGAAAAGCCCUACCGCUGUGACACAUGUGGAGCCCGAUUUGUCCAGGUAGCUCACCUGCGUGCCCAUGUUCUGAUCCACACUGGGGAAAAGCCGUACCCAUGUAACACCUGCGGAACACGUUUCCGCCACCUACAGACGCUGAAGAGCCACCUGCGCAUCCACACUGGAGAGAAGCCUUACAGCUGUGAGAAAUGUCACCUGCACUUCCGCCAUAAGAGCCAGUUGAGGCUUCACCUGAGACAGAAACACGGUGCAAUCACCAACACUAAGAUCCGCUACAAGGUUCUGGUUGACCCAUACCAACCUGGGCCCACACUGCUACAGGCUUGCUGAGGGGCAUGACAAAACAGCGAGUUUUAGGCUGAAUUUGAUGGAUCUAUAAAAAAGUAUUGUAAAAAGUUUAAAGAGGUGGAGUGCUGCACUCGAGGACAGCUUGACGUUAAUUAUAUCAAUGAAUGUAGUCUUCCACGAAUGCAGUACUCCUGCACUAGAUGUGCUGACUAUUAUCUUUAUUAUUUGUUAAAAUAUUAUUAUUUAUUUUGCUCUGCAUACUCUAUGUUGCUCAUGCUAUUUAAUCGUAGUUUCUGCUGUUACAAAAAAGUAUUUUGUUUUCAUAUUGGCCACUUUUUCUGUGGCAGGAAAUAUGGUGAAAAUCAUUGUGAAAAAGUGUGCAGCCCCAUUCAGAUGGUAAUUGUUUCCAGGGGGGAAUACUAAAAUAUUGUGACAAUAUGAUAAACAAUUAUCAUCCAAAUAAGGCUUAAGACAGUAUGGAAUUAUUAUUAUUAUUAUUUUUGCUGUUAAGACUUAAAGAUGGUUUGUGGCAGAGUGUGAAGGUGUUUAUUAGGAGUUUAGACUGUAAGCGUAAGAGCUGAAUGAAAGUAAAAAUAUUUGGCUAAAUGGAAUUCUGUAAGAAAGUGAGAACGAUUAUGAAAGGAAGAUAGAUAAAGAAAGGAAGAGUAUUGAAGGAUUUAAGUAUGUUUGAGAAAGAACAUAUAAAAGAUAAAUUUGUAUGAUUUUUUUGUUAAUAUGCUGUCAUUUUAUUUAUUUUGUUUGUUUGUUUUGCCCGAAAGUAUUGCUAUUAUUUGUUCAAUGAUCCUUCCUGUUGUUUGUACUAUAUUGUGUUUCUUAUUUAAGAAGCAAACUCAAAUAUAUCUUAAUUGCUUUUUUACCAUGCUAUUCAGUAUGUCAAUAUCCUAAUUAAAAAGGCCUGGAGCCUAUUUGUGUUUAAGAAGAAAGAACGUACAUUUGUGGAGGAUUAGCCUCUCAGUGUAUCUUUUUAAAGAUAUCUAUGUUGAAGAGAGCGUUUCAUGGUUUUUAUGGUGUAUUAUAGUUGCUGAGAGUCCAAAGCAGGUUGAGGACUCACACUAUCCAAACUAAUAUACAUGUAAAGAGUGAUGAUGAUGAGGAUAAUGAUAUCAACAAUUUUAUGUUGCGCUCUUUUGCUGGACAAAGACCUAUUUUAUACAAAUUAAAGUUAAAUUAAUUUCUCUUAA